AUGGCCAGUGUUCUGGAAAGCAAAGCGGCCUUUAGGGUGAGAGGCCAAGAAAGCGGACUAUCAGAUGCCGAUUUGGACCAUUUAAUUCACAGCGGUUUGGACACUCUGUCUAAGCUAGCCUUUGCCAUCACGACACCGGGAGUCAGUCCCGAUGAGACUUCUUUGAGGACUUUGUUGAACUCGACGGCCCCGGACAGAGUCAACAUGGGUCAACUGUCCUCCAUUCGGAGGCUUAUGUUUGAUGCCCAAACCCUCUCAGUGGCCCAGAUCAAGCACGCCGUGGAAGGUUCGGACCAGACUCAAACUGCAGAGCUUGUACCCGCUGAGCGCACACAGCGCAUUAAAGACCAGCGCAUGCGCCUUGCUGGGAUGGACCUUGUGGGUCAAUUGGAGGUCUCUUACCAGGCAUACGACUAUGUUGCAAAGAUGUUGGUAGCCGAUGUGCCUAUGUACCUGGAACCACACCGCUUCACGACACGCGCCUCAGAAAUUGCUCGGGACAAGCCUCCAAAGACCCUUGUUGUUGAAUCAUCAACCCUCCAAGUCAAAGACAAGGAGCGCAAGGACCGUUGCAAUAUUGUCAACGAGCUUCAAUUGAGUCAGGCCCUCACCAGACGUUCAUUGGCUUGUGACUUGAUGGGUGUUUGUAGCUUCAAAGUCAUGGAAAGGUGGCAUCGGUACUUGUUUGACCAAAUGCAGCUGCCUCCACCGCCACACUUUCGGGCCCCAACUCUUGAGCAAAUCGUUCGCACUGAUAAGAUGGCAUGGCUCAGGAUGGCCGAGACAGUGGACACCCUCAAGAUCCAACCUGAUGGUACCAAGCCUCUCGAUGCGGCCAUUGAUACCCUUCGUUCAGACCAUACAGUGACUUUUCAUAUGUUACCCAUGCCAGGCAAAAGCUCCCCUGAUGACCGAAAGUCUGACGACAAGAAACGCAAACAGGUUGAUUCGGACUUCGAGCCCCGUACAGCCGGCCUGUCUGCCAUGGUGCGCAGACUUGGGCCGAACGCACUUGGCAUUGAUCAUGCUGUUUCAAAGCGCCUUAAGGCACCUGUGAUUCGUUUGGACCUCGUAUCGCCCGCGGGCCGUGAGCUCCUUUGGCGUAUCUUGAAGCAAGACACUGUGUGCGGCAUACACCUAGCGCCCCCUUGCGGCACAGCCAGCCGUGCAAGGGAAAUUCGUAGGAAGAAAGGUCCGAGCCCUAAGCCUCUCAGAAGUGAACGCUACCCGGACGGCUUCCCAUGGCUCCGCGGGCUCGCCCAGUCCAAGCUGCAAGCUGCAAACCAACUUUAUCUUCUGACAAGUCAAGUCAUGGCCUUUGCCUGCCAGACCGGCAUAGUCUGCACGAUAGAGAACCCUGCACGGUCCCAUGCUUGGGCUACUUCGUUUUUGAACCAUCAUAUUCGCAUGAAUGAUGAUCGCCUGCAUCAUGUGACCUUUCACCAUUGCAUGUAUGGUUCGCAUCGACGUAAAGCCACUAGAUUGACAGCCAAUCACACCGCUUUUUGUGUGUUAGAGAGAGCCUGUGAUGGCACUCAUGAACAUGAACCAUGGGGACUCCAUCCUUCCGGUCAAUGGAGCACCCAUCUUGAAGUUGAAUACCCAACACCGUUGUGUUCAGCCAUGGCGCAGGUCUUCGCGCAAAUCCUGUGCAAAUGUGGAAUCACUCCGACACCAUCCUCCUUGUUGCAAGCUGUGGAUGUUGUACCCCCAAUGCGUGCUGCCGCAGCGGCCACAGGCCGUCAACCUACGGGGCAUAAGCUCUCUCAACUUGUGCCUGAAUACAAGAGUGUACAUCGCUUGCGAGCCCCCUCUGUUUCGUGUUUACGAUCUUUGGCCGGAAAGCUCACCACCACUUGGCAGGUCCCACCAGAAGUGCAUAUCUCUCCCCACUUGCCGGCCCUGCCCUCUGGCACUCGUGUUUUGCGUGCUCUGUUUUCUGGGGAUAAGAUGGCCGCGAGCACAAGUACAAGUGAACUGGAGCCAGGACAAAUCGAGGAUAAUCUUAAUGACCACAUAACGAUAGGAAUCCCUUGGAGCCCAAGUGAAUUUUUGCAACAAGCCAUCUCGACAGGACAUCCCAAACAUUUCCUCAGGUCCAUUCCAAGACAACUUGCCAGAGUCUUGGAUCGCAUGCAGGAAAAGGGUGAGGCGGAUAUUGCUCGUGACAGAACUCAGCAGAUGCGUCGCUGGAUCUUGAGGGCAACUGAAUUGUCUGACCUGGAAACCUCUGCAAAGGCCGAGAUGUCCGAACAUGUCCGAGAAAUUUUGCAAAACAAACGAAUCAAACUCUUUGAGGAAAUGCUUGAAGAGGCUGGGUCUUCUGACGUCUCAUUGGCGCAAGAUAUCUCCGAAGGUUUUGACUUGAUGGGGCCGAUAAAGACAAAUCCUUGUUUCCCUUUGAAAACUUCCUUUGCCACCUUGACCGAAGACCAGGUCAGGUCGAAUGCAGCGGUCGCGAGAGAGUGCACCUUGGCAUCUGUGGCUAAACACCGUGAUCCAGAGACAGAGUUGGAACUUGUGAACAUCACGGAGGAGGAAGUGAAGAGGGGCUGGCUCCGAGGUCCGGUGGAGGUACAGCCGAUAGAUGACUUGACAGAAUCUUUGGUAAACCUGACCAAUUCGGCGUCCCACACCAUCAGUCCCAUGAGUGUUGACACCAUAGCUGCUGGCAUCCUGCGCAGAAUGCAUAUUUGUGGUGGAAGCAGGCUGACCUCUAAGACGAUCGAUCUCAGGAAAGCCUACAAGAACUUGCCAUUGUCAAAGGCGGCGCUCAAUGACUCGUACAUAGUCUUAUUCGAUCCAUCCAAGAACAAGCCAGUAGCGUAUCAAUCGCUUGUGCUCCCGUUCGGGGCAAGAGCUGCUGUCAUGGGUUUUUGCAGGGCCUCUUAUGGAAUUUGGGAGAUCGGGUGCUCCUUGCUGGGAAUCCAUUGGUCUGUUUACUUUGACGACUACUUUGUGGUUACCAGCGAGCAGGAAUCUCGACAUGUAGACUUGGCGUUGCAAACUUUGUUCUCCUUGCUCGGAUGGGAAACCUCGGGCGAAAAGGACGCGGGUUUCGAUACUGUGUCCAGGGUGCUUGGUGUGAUGGUUGACCUGACUGAUUCGUCUGACAAUCUUGUGAGAGUGACGAACACUGAGUCCCGGAUCAAGGAGCUCGUAGCGUCAAUGAACCAACUGAUUGACAAAAGCAGAUUUCGCCCCGGUGAACUUAGAGUCUUGAGAGGCAGGUUACAGUUUGCUGAGAACCAGCUCUUUGGAAGAGCGGCAGGCAAGCGUCUUAAGACCUUGAGUAGACAUGCUGAGAUGCUCGGAUCUGGAACGGUUGAUUCAGAACUGACAGAGGCCCUCAUCUACCUCAGAGAUCGGGUGAUCCUUGGUCCCCCGAGAUUGCUCAGAGCUGGAACUGGACAACAGUUUUUCCUCUUCACGGACGCAAGCUACGAGCAAGGUGAAGUAGGAUUAGGAGGUGUCCUUUUUGAUGGCUUUGGAAACAUUGUCUCUUGGUUUGGAAAGAAUCUGAGCGACCUUGAUGCAGUUGUGUUGAACCCACUUGAGAAAGAGACCAUCAUAUACGAGUGUGAGGCCCUUGCCUUUCUUCUGGGAAUCAUGCAUUUGCUUGGACAAAAGGAGCUGAGCCCUCUCACAGAGGUGGUGGGUUUCCUGGACAACCAGGCGGCCCUUCAAGCGUUCUUGACUGGUCGGACCCACUCAAGGAUCGUGGAAGUCAUUUUGCGUGAGUUCGAUGCAUUCGAGGUUGCGACUGGUUUGACAACUUGGGUUGACCGUGUGGCAUCCGCGGCAAAUCCAGCGGACGAGCCUUCGCGAUCAAUUCAUGAUUCCCUGCCCUUGGAACUUAGAGUGCCUCUAAAUCGGGAGGAUAUCCUCCAGAGAUUUGAUGUCUUGGCAUCCUAG